GAACUAUGUAAAAGAAGAGAAAGGCGUCGAAGCUAUUACUCUAGCUGGAUUUCUUGCAAGAGGUGGAAGAAACAUAGUUGCACUCAGGGUGCCUAUAUAAGCAUGCGUCACCACGAGACACACGACAGAUACAUUAUAGUCCAGUAAAUAUCUAGUGUUAUAGAUAGCUCUAAGAUGCAAAUAAAACAAAUUUUAACAGUACUGGCAAUUCUCAGCGCAGCGAUUGCUGUUGUAACCGCUUAUGGCCCCAGUCAACAGUCGGGUCCACUUAAGCGAGAUCUCUACUUCGGGCCUCGUUAUAAUGCGUAUCAUUCAUAUCCACGACGUCAUCGAGGCUUUUAUGAGAUACCACAACAUCGACCUGAAGAACAGCGACAACCUCUAUCAUUCGGCGGGCAUUCCAGUUAUCUAAAGAUCGGGGACCAACGACUUGAUUUCGCCUCUAUUCCUGCUGCUUUGUCAUUUGAAAACAGCAGAUUGUUAGCCACUGCAGACCCUAUAACAAUUCCAGCUAUUUCGUCUGUCGCCGAAGCGCCUGCGAACCAUGCUACCGCCAUCCCAGCAGUUUCAACUAUGUCUGACAUUCCACUGUCUGAUACUCCUGCGCCCAAAUCUGCUGCCAGCACCUCGGCCGUCACGGCUGGCAGAUCCGGAAGCAUCAAAGCCAACGAACUGUAUAACCCGGCGUCUACGGCAUCUAGACCGAUGGUUCCUACCAUGUCGCCUACUUCGGCCACUCCUAGAUUAACUUUAGCAUUAGGGGACGGCUCGACGAGGCUGACUUCUUCAAGCAUCCCCCGGGCGGUUUCCGAAAGUUCCACUGUACCGUUCAACGAGAAAAUUAUCACGAGUACCGCUACACCUGUAUCACUCAAACCUCCAGAACCAAAUUACGCUGUUCUAGGCGAGAAAAUCGUGCUUCAUCAAGGCAAAUACGUUCCACAAAAUCAGAACCAGAACCAGAACCAGAACCAGUUCGUCUUGGUUGAGACCAAGUAUCAUCCUGGAAGUAAUAACGGAUUCACUUUCGCGGAGUAUAGCAAGAAUCAAGAUGAACUAUUGAAAGGGAACUAUCCUACAAUUUCAGGAACGAAAUACAGUCUGCAAAACCAAAAUCAGAAUGAGUUUACGUCAAUUGGGACGAAAUAUCAUUCAGAGAGUAAUGACAGAUUCAUUUUUCCUGGAAUGAACAAGAAUCACGCUCAAGGAACGAUAUUACUACCCGAAACAACGUAUGUUCAACCAUACCAGAAUGAAAAUCAAAACCAGAAUUACAAUCAGAACCAGUUCGCUUUCACCCAGAUAAAAUAUCCUGAAACUAGCAGCAGGUUCACUUUUCCUGAGACUAACAAGGAUCAAAUUCAACCGCUGAAAGUGAACUAUCUCGUGCCACAAGACUUGAAGACUCCUCUCAUCCAGCAGGUUCCCCAGAGUUUCAACUACCUCUCCUCGUUGCCCAUCUCAAUUCAGACUAAGUUCCCUCAAGCAGAUUUUCCGGUUCUAGCAGCGUCAGCCAUUUCCGACUCUGUGCAAACGAUAAACUACAGUACACCGAGACUGCCAAAGAUAGAAUUUACUACUGGCGAUUCUGCAUCUGUAUCAUUACCUUCAGCCGGGCGCAUUCCAAACUUUAGGUUUGACGGAAGUUUCGCAGACGUUGGCCAGAGCGGACAAACAAGGAACUCACCAUUCUCCUCAGGGUUGCAGCUAAAUUUAGGAGGUUUCGCCGGGAUAGAUUACAGCAACUACCAACGCAGCCUUUCCAACCCUUCUAGCAUUUCUGGUACACGUCCAAUGGUAUUGGGAGUUGCAAAAGUCGGCUUAGCUCUGACAGAGCCACGAAGAUCUCCAGCACCAGCAUUUAAUACGAUUGAUUUCGGGACGAGCCUGUGGUGACUAUGAGAAGAUAAUCAAAAUCUAUGGCAAUCGCAUCCGACGAAGGAGUACUAUCACAAAAUUAUCUGCAUACUUUCCGCCACAAUAAUACUCAGUGGUUUAUGAAAACUCUGCAAUCGGACAUCACGGGGAAUCAAAACGGGCCAUUGAGGGUCAUUACUAUAAAUAUAUAUUAGGAUCAAUCAAACUCGCUCAUAAAUAAUAUAUUGAUAUUAAAUAUCAACGGAGCAAUAAGAUUGUUCCACAGCAUGUAGUCUAUUUCAUCAUGUAUUAUAUUAUUAUAUGUAUUAUAUGUCGUAACGAAGAUUUUUUGUGAAACCUGUCAUCUACAAAUAAUGACA